AUGGAAGAGACGGAUGCGAACAAUCACUAUACCAAGCGCGUGGGAAGGCUUGCAAGCUUCAUCAGCCGCAUGGAUCCAUGGCUGAUAGGACUACAAGAACCCUCUUCAGGACAGCUGCUUCACUUACAGGCAGGCUUGGCAAGGCACUGGAAGGCUGUAGGCUACGAAGGGAACGGGCACAAAGACAUGGACCGAGCAGAUCCUCGUCGCUUUAAUGAUUAUCAGACAGGCAUACUUUAUGACUCCCGCCAUCUUGAGCUGAUUGAAUCUGAUCACCUUUGGCUAUCCAAAAGUCCCAGGACCCCUAACACAAAGAGCUGGGACAGCGUCGGGGUACGCACCGUCACGAUCGCAGCGUUUCGUAUGAAAAAGGAUGCGUCGCCGAUAGACAUCGUGCACCUGAACUGUCACUUAGAUGUUUGGGGUUCUGAGGCCAGGCUACAGCAAGCUAAGCUCCUCUUGCAGUUUGGCCAAGAAUGGAGCAAGCGCCAUUUGAACGCCACCAUCCUUCUGACUGGGGACUUCAACACCGCAAACAGUCAUGCGCCGCAUCGUGUUUUGCUGGAAGGAGGCUACACCGACAGCUGGGAAGUCUGCGAAAGUCUCGACAAAAACUGCAUGUCCCACGAUUUUGCGGCAACGUUUCAUGGAUGGCUUGGCAGCUGUAUAAACAGCUAUGCAUUGCGCGCAUUCCAAUUCGUUCUUCAGACCAUCCAUGCUUGCGGCGUCGACUUCCCAAAGGCAGUUCCAGGCAGCAUACGUGACGUUGGCCGAGCGGCCAUGAAAAUCAUGAAGCAGUUGGACCUUCAAAAGCUCAGGCGCAACUUCCCGAGCUCGCUAUCCAGACUGCACGUUGACUGGAUCCUCGUGAAACAGAACCUCCAAGGGCAGACAUUGAUUCCAGAAGCUGUCAUCGUUGCGGAAGUGAGAGACAGGGACUUCAGCAGUGAUCACUUUCCUUUGCUUGCUGUUUUCAGGCUGCCGAGCUAG